AUGCUCCGGGAUUCAGAUAUUGAUUCCCUUAAUGGGCAUCUAGCUUCCUUUUCCUUACAACAGCAAAAGCAACAUGAGAAUUUGCAAGACCUGCUAGGCCAGUUCAAGAGCCUGCUAGAUGACUACAGUUCCCUCAAAAGUGACUACGAGGAGGUCAAAGAUGGCCGAGAGAAAUACAAGCGCCAGGCCCGUGGCCAGUUCAAAGAGCACUUCUUAAAGAACGGCAGCGAAGGAGGCAUUAACGCAGCUCGUGAACUCAGUGAUUCCGUGAGAGAGCUGAUGCAUUCGACAAUGGGAAUGCAGGCAGACCAAUGUCGAAUCAUGGUUCGGGUUUACGCCAACGUCCUUGGCUUGUCAAAGGCACUCGCUCGAGCCGGACUCAUGGGCCACGAAGCCCGGUCUCUUUCCCCAUUCACCUCAUCCUUUACCCGUGCACAGGAGCUCUUUGACUUUGUCGAUGCUGCGGAGAAAAAAGAGGGAAGUGAUUUCAAGAUAAGAGGUAAGGAGCGGCUUCAUGAGAUCUGUCGCCCAGUACUAAUCCAUGUUGGACACAUAGAAAUGUUCCGCCUAUUUGCAGACGCCAACCAAUGUCGUCACAUCUACUUUGCUGGCUGUCAUGAUACUGGAUACGGCUCACUCCUGACCCCGUACAGAGGGAGUGAUCGUAUCACGCUUAUUAAAGCCGCUGGCUUCCACCGUGAAUUCGAAGCUCUCGGUCUCCCAAUCAAAGAGCUGCCUUCGGUCUUCGCAUCUUCACCCCUAACUACCAACAAGCCACCCACCGGUCCUGCUGCUGCUAAAGCCGGCGGUAAUGGUACAAACGGAAUGUCCAAUCAUUCAAUUUCUCCAAACGGUGUUACCAAACCAAUCUGCAAGCACUUCCAAAAGGGGAUUUGCAAAUUCGGCAAUGGCUGUAAUAAGCAGCACGUCAUGCCCAACCAAUCACUAACCCACCUUCCAUCUAAAAACACGCCCGUGUCACCCAAGUCCUCGACGAAGUCUACCUCCUCAUUCUGGACCUCUCCCACCGCGGUCGGUCGUACCGAAGAAUUUCUGAGAUCCAUGCUCCCUCUCCCAAGCAUCAAAACCGAGGAAUUCAUCCCGGUUAACAAGGAAGGGGACCGCAUUGACCCCUAUUAUCCUCAGCCGUCGGCAGAAGCAUUUGAAGAGUACCACUCUCGCGCAAAGGAACAUAAAGUGUGUAAUAGCUACCACCUUUCCGGGGAAUGUGGCGACAUGAGCUGCCCUUACGAUCACACCGAUGUCACCAAUACCGUCAUCGAGGUGCUGAGGUGGAUGCUUCUCCAGCAUCCGUGCUCUCGAUCCGGGGCUUGUCGAUCGAUCAAAUGCUACAUGGGCCAUCUUUGCCAGAAACCCGGCUGCAAGGCAGUCAAGAGUUGGCAAUGUCGUUUCAACCAGAAUGCUCACACCCUCGACCUUAGAAUCGCUCGAUGGGAUGUGCCAACUGACCAGGAUGAGAUCGUUGACCAAUGGUCUGUCAGCGACGGCUCUAUCGGUGAGCAUUCUCCGAUCUCGCUGGAACUCGAUUAG